AGGGAGAAUAGUAGUGAAGAAGAAGCACGUGCUUGAUUGUCGGAAGGCACGUGAGGUGUUGUGAUCCGAAGAAUGAAGCUUCGCUUUAACCCAUUAACGAUGUGGGGGAAACACGGCCAAGGAAGCAAAAGUCGUUUCUUCGAAAGAUCAACAAAGCCCCCCAAUCUUCGGAUUCUGGAAACCCUAACCCACCCGGAUCCGAUUCAGACAGACUGGUCGGAGGCCGAUUUGAUCUGUAGCUGGAUUUUUCCUCAAAUGAAAAGUGUCGUAAAUCUACAAUUCCAAGUUGUUUGAGUCUUAAACAUCUCGAUCAAAUGUCGCGGUUUCCUCGUGGAUUCGUGGAGAAUUCAUCAAUGGAGGAACCCAAAAUCGCUCGUCGUCCAAGUAUUUGCUUCAGGCCAAUAAACCCUUGUGAUUUAGAACGUUUGGAGCAAAUCCAUCGAGAUAUAUUCCCUAUCAGGUAUGAAUCUGAGUUUUUUCAGAAUGUUGUCAACGGAGGUGAUAUCGUCUCUUGGGCUGCUGUUGAUCGGAGCCGCCCUGAUGGUCAUUCCGAGGAACUUAUUGGAUUUGUCACUGCCAAAAUCGUGCUUGCUAGAGAAAGCGAAAUAUCAGAUCUAAUAAGAUAUGACUCAUCAAAGGGAGAGGAGACAUUGGUGUACAUCCUAACACUUGGAGUUGUAGAAACAUACAGAAAACGGGGAAUAGCUAAGUUACUUAUUAAUGAGGUCGUCAAAUACGCUUCUAGUAUCCCUGUGUGUCGUGGUGUUUACCUUCAUGUGAUUGCACACAACAAUCCUGCAAUUCGACUGUACAAAAGAAUGUCUUUCAGAUGUGUAAGGAGAUUACACGGAUUCUACUUAAUCAAUGGGCAGCAUUUCGAUUCUUACCUGUUUGUCUACUUUAUCAACGAUGGGGUUAUCGUUGAAUCAUGGCUGCAUUGCAGAGAUCUUGCGGUGUUGGUUCUGAAUUACAUGAGGAGUGGAAUCAAAACAGUCGCAUCAAAGCUGACGAUUAACCAUGAAGAUAAAGGCUCGAAAUGGCUUAAAUGCAAAGAUAACACGCGGUGUCUCUUACCCACUCAAACCAAACGAAACCUUGCAUCCGAAAGAGUAUCAUCCGGGUACGAUUAUGUUUAGUGUCGUCGGUCUCCAAUUCGUAGACUCUGUAAAAUCAUUCAUAUCAAUGUCUUCCAUUAAGGUUAUGAUCCUCUUGUGUGUGCUGUGUAGAAUAAUAAUGUAAUAAAAAUGUAAAUAUUUUGUGAUAGUUGAAGACACUUUUCUUUGGGAGAGGGUUUCAAAUUCAAA